UUUCCUGUGACGUAACGCUAGCUCCUGAUGCUACACGCGGGAAAAACACGAAGCUGAACAUCAUUGUGAGAAGCAUCAGUCAUGGGAGAUACGCUGGAGUUCAACGAAAUCUACCAGGAGGUCAAAGGCUCAUGGAAUGACGGGCGUCUGCGUUUCAGCAAACAGAAUGUGGUUUACAAAAGCAGCAAGACGGGGAAGGUGGACAGCAUCCCGGCCGGCGAGCUCAACCAGGCUCAGUGGAGACGAGUGUGUUUGGGUCAUGGCAUCAAACUCGGCACCAGCACGGGUCAUAUCUACAAAUACGACGGCUUUAGAGACACGGAUUUUGAGAAGAUUUCUGAGUUUUUUAAGGCUAACUACAAGAUGGAACUGACGGAGAAGGACAUGUGUGUGAAGGGCUGGAACUGGGGAACAGCCAAGUUUUCAGGGCCGCUGCUAUCGUUUGACGUCAAUGACAACGCCGCGUUCGAGAUUCCGCUGUCCAACGUCUCCCAGUGUGCCACUGGGAAGAACGAAGUCACCCUGGAGUUUCACCAGAACGACGACACAGAGGUCUCCCUGAUGGAGGUCCGGUUCUACGUCCCCCCCAGCCAGACGGACGAAAGACAAGACCCCGUGGAGGCUUUUGCCCAGAAUGUGUUGUCUAAGGCUGACGUGAUCCAGGCCACUGGAGACGCUGUGUGUAUCUUUAAGGAGCUGCAGUGUCUUACACCCAGAGGAAGGUACGACAUUCGUAUCUAUCCGACGUUCCUCCACCUGCACGGUAAGACGUUUGACUACAAGAUCCCCUACACCACCGUCCUGCGUCUCUUCCUGCUGCCACACAAAGAUCAGAGGCAGAUGUUUUUUGUGAUCAGCCUGGAUCCUCCCAUCAAGCAGGGCCAGACGCGGUACCACUUCCUCAUUCUGCUGUUCUCCAAAGAAGAGGACAUCAACCUCACCCUCAACAUGAGCGAGGAGGACGUGGAGCGCCGCUUUGAGGGCAAACUCAGCAAAAACAUGUCAGGGUCUCUUUAUGAGAUGGUGAGCAGGGUGAUGAAGGCCCUGGUCAACCGCAAGAUCACCGUACCUGGAAAUUUCCAAGGCCACUCUGGAGCUCAAUGCAUCACCUGCUCAUACAAAGCAUCUUCAGGCCUGCUCUAUCCCCUGGAACGAGGCUUCAUCUAUGUCCACAAGCCCCCCGUCCACCUGCGCUUUGAGGAGAUCUCCUGCGUCAACUUCGCCAGAGGCACCACCACAACACGCUCCUUUGACUUUGAGAUUGAGACCAAGCAGGGAAACCAGUACACCUUCAGCAGCAUCGAGAGAGAGGAGUACGGCAAGCUGUUUGACUUUGUUAACGCCAAGAAGCUCAACAUUAAGAACCGAGGGUUCAAAGAGGGCAUGAAGGGCAAGAUUGAUGAGUACAGCGACUCAGAUGAAGACCAGCACGAUGCCUACCUGGAGAGGAUGAAGGCCGAGGGAAAGAUCAGGGAGGAGGGCAACGACAGCGACGAGUCGGACGGUGGAAGUGAUGAGUCUUUCAACCCUGGUGAGGAGGAUGACGAUAUUGCAGAGGAGUACGACAGCAACGCCACCGCCAGCGACAGCAGCGAAGAAGGGGACGACAGCGAGGAUGAAAGCGCCAAAAAGAAAAAGCCCAAAAAGGUCAAAGUGGUGAAGGAGAAAAAAGAAAGAAAGCCACGCAAAGAGAAGAAGAAGCAGAAGGACACGGGUGGCCCGAAGAGGCCAAUGAGUGCCUACAUGCUUUGGCUGAACUCCAGCCGAGAGCGAAUCAAGGCAGAGAACCCCGGCAUCUCCAUUACCGAGAUCUCUAAAAAGGCCGGGGAAAUGUGGAGACAGCUGGGCAAAGAUGAGAAGGAGGAGUGGGAAACAAAGGCAGGAGAGGCUAAGAGGCAGUAUGACAAAGCAAAGAAAGAAUACAAAGAGAGCGGUGGAGGAUCAACUUCAAGUUCUAAGAAGGAGAGUAAAAAAUCUACCGGCAAAAAGGACGAGAAGAAAAGGAAAUCUGCGGGUGGAGACAAGGACAGGGAGCGGGGAGGAGGCAACGACAGCUUCAAGAGCCGAGAGUUCAUCGAGACCAGCGAGGAGAGCUCCUCAGACUCUGACCACAAGAGCAAGUCCAAGAGGAAGAAGGAAUCGGAUGAAGAGGAGGAGGAGGCUAUAUCGACACCUGCCAGCUCCGCGGAAGACUCUGACUAAACACACAUUUACAGAUCCUACACAGCAACGAAGGACCAACCGUUUAUAUUCAGUUGAUUUCAGACCACCAAAAACCCUGAUUUGUACCUUUUAUCCUUGAUGCUAAGUUUCAAGAGAACAAAUCUUGUGACUAAGUCUGGAAGCUGAAAUCUGUUGGCCUCCCACUGACGGCUCGGAGAAAUGAUGGGUACCUCUCCUGAAGUGUUUUCCAUCCAACCCAUGGGAACGGCUGUUAUGAUGAUAGAAUAGCACUGUGGAUUGUAGGACUGAUUAGACGAUUACAAAGAAAAUACAAAGAGUAACAGAUUUUUUUUGUUCCUCAUGUGUAGUGCUUUUUUUCUUAAAUCUGCAUUUUCGAGUGAUAUACCAUGUCAUGUUUAAAUAAUUUUCAAUAAAUCUUUGCUUUGUUUUUUUAUUUGCUGCUUCUUCUUUUUGGGCCCAUCCACUUUCCUCAUGGUUCUGGUCAGGUCAACGUGG